AUAUAACCCGGCCCUCAGUGAUGUCGUGCCCCGUCGCAUUCCGACAUGUCUGACCUGCAAGAGAAGAUAAUCGAACUCGGAUUUCAAUUAUUUUCCAUCAAGCUGUACUGGGUCGCCGCCUCCGCUUGGUGGUUUUACGAGUAUUUCCUCACCUUUGAUGACGAGGUUAAUUAUGCUUGGAAGGGCAGAAAGACGCCGGUUUUCUGGCUAUUUAUCUUGGCGAGCUCCCCCGAUUGGGUCAUUUCGAAUGCUGCUAAUGUCCCUCGAAGAAUCGCUAUCUCGCUCCCUGCUACAUUUCGAUACGGAUUCAUGGAGACGUUUGAGACCGUCACACUCACGACCACUGCCCAGCUAUUCAUCGCCCUCCGAGUGUACGCUAUCACCGCGAAACAUCAAUUAUUCCCCGCCUUCACGAUCCUGGUCCUCCUUGCUCAGUGGGGAAUCGCGAUAUAUGCCAUGUCGCAAUCGAGUCUGGGAACUGACCAAGUAGCUCUCCUGCUCCCAGUCCGCCGUGACAUCGAUUCCUCGGUGGCGGCAACGAUACCCGCUUUGCCCGUUUUGCCAACGAUCGAUCCAUAUCAUAUCUGCAUUUUCAUCUCGACACUCACUGUGACACCGUACGUGAAAGCCUUCCUGGGCCUGGCCUUGGCGUACGAUACCAUCGCCUUCCUCGUGAUCUUCGGUGUCACACUGCGCCGCCAGCGCUCGUACAAGCUCUUGCCCAUCAUCCAAGUCAUUCAGCGGGAUGGGAUCAUGUACUUCCUCAUCCUCUUCAGCUCGAACCUGCUCUGGGUGCUGCUAAUUCAAUACGCUCCGCCAGCCCUCAAGUUCCUUCACAACCAGCCGGCCAUGCUUGUUUCGUCGGUGAUGAUAACCCGCAUCACAUUGAAUCUGAAGAAGGCAAGCCAGUCGCAGACGGUGAUUUCAUGGGGCGUGCACACAUUUGAAGCAACGCCGUGGCAAGCGCUGGGAUCGAAUGCCACUGAGCUUAGCACAUUCCGGGCAGCAAGGAAGAGGUCAAACAACGAGGGCUCCGAGACUAUGUACUAAUCAGUUAAUAUUUUGCUAUUUAUUUAUUGCUAUUUAAUGCAUGAUUCCGGGGCAGAUUUCAGGCGAACCAGGGCGAACCCAACUCCUCAUAUGUACUUAAAACACUGGAAAAUCCUCCGCAUGCAUUAAGUGUGCCUGUGUGAUCUACGGUUUAGAAAUAUAUAAUCUACUGGUGAAAAG